CUUUUGCAUGCUCUAAUCCUUUCCUUCUCUCUCUAUCUCACCCAUAGUUUUAAUUUCACAUCGAAAAAUUAAAAGAAAAAAAACAAAAAAAGAAAAAAAAAUUCACCCAAGAAAAACCUCGCUGCCUCCUUCUCUUCGCCGUCACAGUCCUCUCUCUCUCCUUCUUCUUCUUCUCGCCGUGGUUUUCACUCAACCUCCUCCUCCUCCUCUGAUCUUUAACGCGACUUGGAUUGACCACGUCGAUAUGCAUGUUCAUGACUAGUCUCUCCUCCAAUUCACGUCGAUUCCACCUCCGAUUCGUCUUUCCCUUCCUCUUAGGGUUUUGAGAUUUGGAAAAAUCUUGAGUUGAGAGGAUGUUUGAAGUCAAAAUGGGGUCAAAGGUGUGCAUGAACGCGUCUUGUGGCUCGACCUCUAGUGUCGAAUGGAAGAAAGGCUGGCCUCUUCGAUCUGGUGCCCUCGCUGACCUCUGCUUUCGCUGCGGAUCGGCUUACGAGACGUCUCGGUUCUGCGAAACAUUCCAUAUGGAGCAAUCUGGUUGGAGGGAAUGCUAUUUGUGCAACAAGAGACUUCACUGUGGAUGCAUUGCCUCUAAGCUCGUGGUUGAGUUUAUGGACUACGGUGGCGUUGGUUGUUCCACCUGUACUAACUCCCAUAGCAAGAGAGGUGAGAAUCCAGGUGUGUUUAGCAGAUUACCAAUGAAUAUGCAACAAACAAACGGAGAAAGUGGAAUGAGCAUUGACGGAGUAGUAAGAAGCGAAGCUAAUCUCUUCUCUCAGCCACUAGUCUCUGGGGAUGACAAAAGAGAAGAGUUCACGCCUCACCGUGGCUUUGGCAAUCUCAUGAAACAAGAUAACAAUGUCACCACCACUGGGUAUACGCACGAAUCAUCAUCAUCAUCCCCUGCACAGCCUUCUUUGAAUAUGGCUUUGGCAACACUUCCUUACAGCCCAUCUUUUGCAACCCCCGUCGUAGACGGGAAUAAACUCAUGGGUGCUGGUGGUGGUGGUGUUGCUUCUUCUCAGUCUCACCUUUUCCAAUGCUCAGCGUCUAGUAUACUCCAAAAGCCUUCAAAAUCUGUUCUUGGAACUCCUCCUCCAGGGACUAGCAAAUCCGCUCAGGCCCGGAUCGGUAGGCCUCCUGUUGAAGGGCGUGGGAAAGGCCAUUUGCUUCCUCGGUAUUGGCCUAAAUAUACUGAUAAAGAGCUUCAGCAGAUCUCUGGAAAUUUAAAUUUAAACAUUGUACCUCUCUUUGAGAAAACUCUUAGUGCCAGUGACGCCGGUCGCAUCGGUCGCCUAGUCCUUCCAAAAGCCUGUGCAGAGGCAUACUUUCCUCCCAUUAGUCAAUCAGAAGGCAUUCCUCUAAAAGUCCAAGACGUGAGGGGGAAGGAGUGGACCUUCCAGUUCAGAUUCUGGCCCAAUAACAACAGUAGAAUGUACGUCUUGGAAGGUGUCACUCCCUGCAUACAGUCCAUGAGGCUACAAGCUGGUGACACAGUAACUUUCAGUAGGGUUGAUCCUGGUGGGAAGCUAAUCAUGGGUGCCAGGAAGGCAACUUAUACUGUAGACAUGCAGGGGUGUGGCUUCGCCAACGGUGCCUCGAACGAGGACACGUCAUCGUCUGGUGUUACUGAGAACCUGACCUCCAUAAAUGCUCCUUCUUGUCCGUCGCAGAUGCUUGAAGGUCUGCCUGAGCAUUUGGGGUCGCCUCACGGUGGUAACGGCGUGAAGAAGAGUGAGAUUAACGGAGGCGAUGAUCAGUCACGGGGUAAGGAGAAGAAGAGGACAAGAACUCUGGGGGCGAAAAACAAGAGACUGCUAUUGCAUAGUGAGGAGUCUAUGGAGCUGAGAGUCACUUGGGAGGAAGCUCAGGAGCUGCUUCGUCCCUCUGCUAAUGCAAAGCCUACCGUUGUUGUCAUUGAGGAGCAUGAGUUCGAGGAGUUUGAGGAACCUCCUGUCUUUGGAAAGAGGACGAUAGUUGUUACUUCAAGACCUUCAGGUGAACAAGAACGAUGGGGAUCUUGCGACGACUGCUCUAAAUGGAGGAGGCUACCUGUAGACGCUCUUCUCCCAGCAAAGUGGACAUGUUCAGACAAUGUUUGGGACAGUAGCAGGUGCUCGUGUUCUGCACCGGAGGAGAGUCUAAAAGAGCUUGAGAAUGUUCUUAGAGCUGGAAAAGAGUACAAGAAGAGAAGAAUUGGGGUAAGCCAGACAGCGAGAAAUGAGCAAGAACCAUCGGGACUAGAUGCGCUAGCGAGUGCAGCAGUUUUAGGAGACGCUUUAGACGAAUCAGAGGUUGCGACCACGACGAGACAUCCAAGGCACAGGGUUGGAUGCUCGUGCAUUGUGUGCAUUCAGCCGCCAAGCGGGAAAGGUAGGCACAAGCCCACGUGUGGGUGUACAGUGUGCAGCACCGUGAAGAGAAGGUUCAAAACGCUGAUGAUGAGGAGGAAGAAGAAGCAGUUGGAGUGCGAUGGAACAGCAGCAGUAGAUGAGGAGAACAAGGAAGGAGUCGAGCCUGAGAAGAAUGAAGGAGAGAAGGAAGGGAGGAUAGACCUGAACAGUGAUCCUUAUAACAGAGAAGACGCUGAAGCUGUGGCGGUGGAGAAACGAGAAGAGAGUAAAAAGAGUGAAGGAGGGGUGAGUUGGGGUGUGUCUCAAGGCGGCGGUGUUUUAGGAGAAACGGAGGUAGGAGGAGGAGAGGCUGAGAAAACCACCAGUGAAGAGCAGAAAGUUACAAGCUGAUUUGGAAGAUACAAGAGAAGAAGCUAAACUCGUAGCUACUUUGUAUUCAUAUAUAAUGUUCUCUAAGGAAGACACCAAGUGGAGAAGAAGAGAGUGAGAGAGAGAGGUACAGUUUUGUGCUUGGCUAUGUCAUAGGUUUAUUAGGAAUAAGCUUCUGGUCCAAAAGAACAAGAAUGGCAAUCUUCUUCUUUUGUGUUUUUGUUUUGUUUCUUUUGGCUUUUAUGGUAUGAGGUGAGUUUGAGAGGGUGGGUUUUAGUUUUGUAUCCAUUGAUCUAAGGCAAAGAUGGAGCUUCGGUGUUUGGUGAUGAAACAGUUGAAUUUUUGUUGUUGUUUUCAUCCUUACAUGGAAAGCAUCAAUUAGGUUCAAAUUAUAGAUU